AUGUUAAACAUUAUUUUGCUCUUUAAUAUUGUAUCUAAUAUAGUAGGAUAAACAUGUUCUGUGAAUACAAUUACAUGUAAAUCUAUUAUAGAUAUAAAUAUAUGUCAAUAAGCUAAGGAUUCAAAUAAUAAUUCGAUUUGUGAAUGCAAUUCAAAUAAAUGUGUAAAAUCUAUCCUUAAUAAAUUACCUUGUUUAAUUUAUACAAAUGAAUUUACAUGUCUAUAUAGAUCAUAUGGAGGUAGAUGGGAUGGGGCUAAUACAACAAAUUAUGAUACUGAAAUAAUGAAAACCAAUGUACAAGGUAAAUGUGUUGACUUAAAUUUAUUAUAUUUAAUUUAGAUGUGAAAAUUCCACUAAUGAUUUUGAUUGUGAAUCUUUUGGUCAAAUAUCAUGUGAAUGGUAAAAUGAAAAGUGUGUAUAAGUUACAAAAUGUGUAGAUUUCUAGUCUGUAAAAGGUUGUAGAAAUACUAGAUUUAAAGAGAAGUAAUAAUUAAACUAUUAUAUAUAUGUAGAUGUGUGCCUAUUGUAAAUGGAGAAGUAUUUCCAAUUGAAUCUAGAACAACAACUAUUUUUGAUACUUUUGAAUGUAUUUUCUAAGAGUGCAAGCAUAAAAAAUAUGAUUAUGAGUGUACUUUUGUAAAUGGAAUUCAAUGUAUAUGGUGAACUGAGUAUUAAAUUCAUAUAUACAAGUGGAUAUUCCGUUUGUUCGUCUUAUACUUCAUAUUAAUUUUGAAUAGAAAAUAAAGGAUUAUGCUUAUGGAAUCAAAAUCAAUGUUAAAAUAUUGAGUAAUUAAAUUAUAAUAUUGUUUAGAUGUUAAUAAUACAAGAGUCCUAAUUUAUGUAAUAUAAAAUCAGAAUAAUGUGAAUGGAAUUAAUAAAAAAUGA